GCCGCCAGGUCCCGUGAACCCGGGCUACCCCGCGCGGCCGCGUCCCCCGCCAAAGCCGCUUCACGAGAUCGCAGCUGGCGUACGUGCGCCUCGCCUCUCCCCCUCUAGACCUCCCCCCAUUCUUGGCAAACGCAGCCUCCAGCCCUUCGCACACUUCUCCGAUCCCCAAUUAAGCGAGCCAGGCCGGCGAGGCUGCGUGCCGUGGGUGCAUGCGGCAUCGUCGGCCGGCGGCAGCAGCAUGGCUCUGAUCGACCUCGGGCGGGGCGGUGGCGGCGGGCGCGGCGCGGGCGCGGGAGGCGCGCCGGCCAAGCCGCGGCUCGUCAUGAUCGUCGCCGACCCUGGCCGCGAGUCGACGGCGGCCAUGGAGUGGGCGCUCUCCCACUCCAUCGUCGAGGGCGACGACAUCCUGCUCCUCCACGUCAACAUGCCCCACCACACCCACAACGGCGCCGCCGGGCCCUCGCGCUCGUCGUCCGGCGGGACCGCCGGCUCCCCGAUCGCGGCGCUCCUCGGCGGGGGCGCGGACGGCGGGGAUUUCAUGGAGGCCAUGCGCGCCGCGUGCAAGGCGCGGUACCCCCGCGCGCGGGUGCACGGGACGCGCGUCGAGCCCGCCACGGAGGGCCGCGAGGCCAAGGCGCAGACCAUCCUCGCCGAGUCCCAGCGCCGCCGCGUCGAGCUCCUCGUCAUCGGCCACCGCCGUCUCUCCUCGUUCCUCGGGUUGAGAAGCUCGAGCGGGUCGAGCCGCGCGCAUGACAGCACGGCGGAGUUCUUGAUCGAGCAUAGCAAAUGCCUGUGCGUGAGCGUGCAGAAGAAGGGCCAGAACGCCGGCUACCUGCUCAACACCAAGACCCACAAGAACUUCUGGCUCCUAGCAUGAACAUACAACAUGUACUCGGUUCGUUCAGCUUCCAUUCAUGGCGGAUUGGACUUGCUUGUCUUCAAAUUAGAUGCCGCGCACGUGAUCGCACCAUGGCAUACCAUGCUUGCUCGAUUAAUUUAUAAACAAUUAGAUCAGCGCUGGCUUUGCAUUGUUCGUGGUUCGCCCUUUUUUGUAUUUUAAUCACUCUCUCGAUCAG